AAAGCAACAAAAAAGGAGAAGUGUGAAAAAUUUGUGAAUUUGUACGUUUGUGCGUCUUUUUUGCUAUGCAAAACAAUAUUUUAAUCGGAUUAUAGAUAUUUCAGGUUAAAAUAUAAAAUUAGUACAUUUUAAGUUUUACUUUAAAGCCGUGCUAAGUUUAUUAUUACUGUGCGGAGAGAGCAAAGCACGCGGUGGACAAGGAAUAUUUGACGCCGUGUAAUGGACGCAGAGUCGCUGAUUGAGGAAACGGCGCCAAUGGAUUACAGGCUUGUUUGUCGAACGUGCCUCUCCUCGGACGCAGAAUUUUAUAAGCUUGAUUCGCCAAUAUUUGUUGACGAUGAUGAUGUUGACGAGAAGCCCGUGAGCUUUAUGGAAUGCUUGCGGUACUGUACGCGUUUGGACGAUGGCGAUGACUGUGAAAAGUUAGAAUUUCCCAUUUACAUAUGCACGGAGUGUAGUGCAUCGUUGCAAGUGUCUUACAAUUUCAUACGCAAUGCAUUGGAGGCUCACGAAAUAUUGCGACAAAAGUUGAGCGAGUGUCCUAAACAGAAACAAAAGAGUGAGAAAACGAAGCGUAAGAAUGGUAUAGUAGGGGACGAUGGGGGCAAGACAACCGAAGAUGGUGUGAACACGGAUGGCACCAAAAUGCGGUUCCGAUGCAAAAUCUGCAAUGAGAAAGUUGAAACAAAGAAAACUUUAAAAGAACAUGUAAAAUUGCAUUUAGAUAUAAUAUCUUACUGCUGUCAACAGUGUAGCUUUGAAUGUAAGAAACGCACAUUGCUCUUGGAUCAUUAUAAGCUGGUGCAUAACACGCAAGCUACACGCGAACAGCUAAAGCCGAUAACUAAACAACCAGAUCAGUUGGUAGUCAAGAAAGAGGAAGAACCAGAUUUGGAGGAUCCAAUUUCACAAGAAAUGGAAAAAAUACACAAUUCAGAGGCAAAUGAGGAAUUUUUGCAAGCCAAAAACGAAAAUGCACAAGAACAAGAAGAAAUAGAUAUGGCUCUAUUUUUAACACCUGUCAGCAGCAAUGCCUCAGCGGCAGCAGCAGCUUAUGUUGAAGCAGCAGCAGCGGCAACUGCAGCGGAUGUUUAUUCUGAACCAGUUAAUGCAACAACUUUAUCAAUGAAGGACGAUCAUAGGACAACCAUGUCAACCGAGUUGCAGCAAUACGGCACGGAUCAGUUCAACGUAGCAGCAAAUGAACUGACCGUUGGCAAUGAGUUUAUCGUUAUGGCGGAUGGUACGGUGGAGGAAGUUAUGGGCAAUGGAGUUGUCAUCGAAUAUAUUAAUGCGGCCCAUGAUGGCGUUAUAAUAGACAAUGGGAUACUGAUGGAUAAUAUUACGAAAGUAGAAAACUCCGGGGAGAUUGAUAAUCAAACGAUUAUGAAUAUGGACGUUGAUGUUGAUGUUGAUGUUGAUGACAUUAUAAUAGAAGAAAGUGUAGGCAAUGACCUCUCUGCCUCUAGUAUGACGUCAUCAUCUUUUGAACCAGAAACUACUGUGCAAACGUUGCAAAACAUUGAAGAUGAAAUGCCGCCACCGUCAAUUAUAACUGCAGCAAGUGUACAGGCAAAGCGCAUUAAGUGCAAGAUAUGUACGAGUAAUUUUCAAACACAAGAUAAACUUAAAACGCACAUGUUAACACAUAAUGAAAUUCCCCAUUUCUUUUGCGACCAGUGUGCGUUUUAUACAUUCUUCAAGAUUGAUUUAACGCAACAUUAUAAAACCAAGCAUAAACUGCAGCCAACCCAAAAACAAUUGCAGCCGAAAAAUAAAGUACGACCGCACGAACAACCUACAGAUGCUAAACAUAUAUAUGCUUGCGAUAUGUGCCUCUUCGAAACACGCAUAAAAUCCCAUUUACGUCGACACUAUUUGAGUCAGCACCAGGAGGAGGCGACCGAGGUGCAAUUGCGGCCGACAAUCGAUGAGUCGGCCACUCUGUCCCAGCUACAAACAUCACCUCCCGAUUCACCGCCCGGAACACCCGGCAAACCCUUACGGCCAGACUAUCCAAAAGGAUUAAAUUGCAAAAAAUGUUCAAAAACUUUUUAUUGGCGAGAAAAACUUAAAGAUCACUACAGACAACACGGUUGUGGUGAAGGCAGAAGCGUUGAUAAUCGCAUCGGCGAAGGUCUAAUGUCCAGUGCAAUAAAUAUCUCUGGCCCGGGCACAAGUUUACUCAAACAAAAUACAAUGCAGUAUCAAAUAGCCACAAAUGAAGCGAACAAUGUAAACGCUUUGCUAACUGCCAACAUCGACGGUCACAAUAAUUACAACGCUAACAGUGAAUCUGCAAUAAUUGAUGCACAGGCCCUUGUCGAUGCUGCUGUGGCAGAGGCCCAAGCUGCUGCUAUGCAAAUUAAUGUGCAAAUGACUGCACCAGCGCCAGAUAUAAUUAUGGACAUACCAGUGGCCGCAACCAUAUCAACGACCACAGUGCCAAUGGAAACAGUGGUUAGUGCGAGCAAUGUCAAUGGCAUUCCGCAAGAGCAAGAGCAAUACCACCACCACCAGCAGUCAGUAGCUGUAAUGGCGGGGUAUGCGUGUCAACAAAUACCCUCGGACGCCAUACCGCAAGUUGUUGAGACGGACACAACUAUAGAUAACAGUGAAUUAGAUUUUGUUUUUAAUGAUGCACUCUUCGAAGAUUUCGAAGAGGACGAAAAUGAGGAUGAAGAAAAUGAAGAGGAUGAUGGCAUAGAUUUUCAGGACUUAAUUUUGACAAGUGAUGAUGAUUUCGAUGAUAUAUUGCAGGACCAGCAGCAGCGUGACUCAUUUAACGCUAACAACUAUCAGCCAUAUUGCGUACAUUGCAAUAAGAAAUUCUUAAGUCAAUAUCAAUUUGAAAAUCACAUGUUCGUGCAUCGCGGUUUGGCUCCUUAUCGUUGUGAAAUGUGCACUAAUUUGUAUAAUACAAAGCGCGCAUUGAUUCGUCACUAUCGUGCCGUGCACAAGAAAAUGCCAUCUAGAGAUAUGAUUCAAGCCAAAGGCGACAAAGUUGAUGUGGACCAUACACCGAUCGAGCACUUGAAUAUAGUCGAGCAAAAAGCGGUCACAUUAAUGUGCGCCAAAUGUCCAUUUGAAACCGCUGACUUAAGCAUAAUGCAGAUACAUUUGAACAGCACACAUGGCCUUGUGGACGAAAAUUUCAUCUUGCAAAAAUUGCCAUUUGAGUGUCCACGCUGUAUACGUUCAUAUGCGACGAGAGCGCGUCUCGUACGCCAUUUGGAACGUAGUCAUUCGGUGGCGACUAUAAUUCAACAACAGCGUGCUGCAAAUAAUGCUAUGCGCAAUCAACUGCAAUUACUGCAUCAGCCACCACAACAACAACAAUAUCAGCCGUAUAUAGCAAUGAAAGAUACAGCACCCGCAACAACAACGACAGCAGCAGCAGCGUCAUCGUCUGCAUCCACAUCUGCAUCAGCUUGCGGCCGAGGCAAAAUAACACAUUCAUAUCGAUUCAACAAUACUGCCGCUGAAGAUGAUGAUGAUGAUGAUGAUGGUGUUUAUGUCGUAGAGCAUACUGCUGUUUGUGCCGGCGGCUUUGAAGACAGCAACAACAACGAUGCUCACAAUGUAGCCAAUAAAGCGGCAGCCACAACCGAAAUUUCGCCACUAUCCAAACUAAUUGCCGACAUGGAGCAAGAAGAGAAAUCUAAUAAUGACAUUACUAAAAAUACGCAUGCAGUAAAUCAGCAAAAGACGAAAACUCAACGCGCAAAGAAACCCGCCGUAGCGGCAACACAAAGCAAUACAAGAAUAAGAAGAAAAGGCACCACAGAAACGACUGAAAUUACUAAGAUAAUUACAUAUGAUAUGUAUCAUCAGUUGAAUGAAGACAACCAACUCUUCGAUGAAUAUGCAUGUGGCAUGUGUGCACAAAGUUGGCGCACCGCUGCUGAAUUGCAUACGCACGAAUGCAUACCAAUUCGUGCUGCUACUAGUAAAAGUAGUAAAGGGGGUGCUGUUAACAAUGCAUCCGUCGCCACGGCAGGCGUUGAAAAUGCUACUUUACUAAUGUCGGAACGGUCACAAUAUCUCUUCAAAUGUGACAUUUGUCAAUGUAAUUACAAGUCCAGUGAGUUACUUAAACAUCACAUGAAACGGCAUACGGGACGAAUAUUUCGUUGUAAUCAUUGUCCGAAAACCUACAUCAGUCGUACAGAAUUGAAAUCCCACCAUCUAACGCAUACCGGCGAGAAGCCACACAAGUGCGAAAUGUGUCCUAAACAAUUUCGGUAUCCGCAUCAUCUGAAACGGCACUGCGAUGUAGUACAUUUGGGUAAGCGUGAACGCUGCCCUGUGGAAGAUUGUGGACGCACGUUUACGACACAGGCACAAUUGAAGAUACACGCUUGGAUACAUAACGGUAAUGAGCCCUAUAGAUGCAAGUUCUGCAGACAUUCGUUCAAAAAACGUGAAUCCUUACGAAAGCACGCGCGGCGCAUACAUCAACGCGACCUAACCGAGGAGGAAAUCGCUGAGAUCUAUCGGCAAAGUGUUGGUCACACAAAUCCCCAUGAUUUCACAGUUUCUCUUUCGAAUGGACGCAUGCUUCGGCGUUCAGAUGUUGAACAGGCGAAUCAACGCCCACAGAAGCACAUACAUGAUUUGGCAGCUGAGUCGGUGGCGGGAGCGGCUGUAGCGGAAGUAGCUGCCGUCAACAUCGUUGAAACGCAGGAUAUUCAAACUACCAAUGAAUUUUCACCACUACUUGCUUCCAGUAGCCACAGUGAUAUGAACAUCAAACUUGAAAUGGGUGUGGAAGUGGAAGAUGAGAGCCCGGGGGCCUCUGUAUCCCAAACGUCGCGCAACAGCACUUCAUUAUCGACACACGAGGACACACUACACACAUACAUGUUGCCCGGCAUAGAUGACCACGGCCAUUUGCCACAUUUCUAAUUGAAGUAGGCAGAAAGUUCAUGCGUGCUUACAUCUAAAAAUACUACAAAUUAAUUAAAUACAAUAUAAUUAAUUUCUUUAUUAUAUCUACAUACAUACAUACAUUAUCAACACCACCAUCAGCACCACCACCCAUCCUCAUUGUUUUAGUACAUAAGUUUUAUUGUAUGAAUAUUUUAGCAUAUUGAAAAGGAAGCUGGAACCUUAACUUACAUACACAUACAUCAUAAAUUAACAAAAAAAAGAUGUACUUCUUGGAAAAUAAAAAGAUUUCAUUUUAAAGUACAUAUUUAUCAUACGAAAAAUAAAAUAAUUUUUGUACAUGAAUCCCUUACAUUAUUCACAUUUAAUGCUUUAAGUUAUUUGUGUAUGAUAUGGUCUCUUGUGCACAAGUAUGUACACGCGUACAAUAAAGUGUGUAUGUAUAUAAAUAUGAAAAUAUUUGGGCGCAUACACCAAUAUGCUUACAUAUGUACACAUUCAUACAUUCUAUAUGCUAUUGUAGAUAUUCACGUAAAAAGGUAAUGUAAUUUAGUAACAAAUACAAAUAUAUACAUACAUAACAACAUAAUGUGCUUUGCAAUUUUUAAAGUUAACUCAA